CUCAUCCUAGCCAAUUGUGUUAUACGGAAUUGUAAAUCCAUUUCAAUUCUGUGUUUCUUCGAGAUUCCACUGCUGUAUCUGACUCAGUGCUUCUUCUGUUUGGGGAUAAAGUAACAUCCGGGGGAUCUGAUGGUCAUGGGAGGAUAUCUUGAGUUUUUCAUGAAACCCACUUUAGCAUAUACAUACCUUUCGUUAAAAAGAGAGCUCGACGAGCUUAUUCAGAAUAAGCUUGUGAAUCCAAAACUUGAUAUUCAACUAUUCGACAAACUGAUGACUAACAUUAGAUUACUUGUGUCUGAGGACCAGUGUGAAGGCAGAUUCGUCUUUGCACGGAAAGCUCUAAGACCUACAACGACAAAGAAAUUAGAAGUAGUUGGAGCUCAGCUGCAGAACAGUGGCGGGGAAAACGAGAAGAACCAACUUCAGACAUUGCUUGCCCGAGCAGGACAUGGAACACCUGUUUACAGAACAAGACAUCUUAAGAACAACCAGUUUCGCGCUAUGGUUACUUUCAAUGGAUUGAUUCAUGGGAAAGCCAUGUGGUCGUAAGAAAAAUGCAGAGAAGGAUGCAGCUCAUGAGG